ACCCCAUCAACCAGGCCAUUACCACUAAUUCUCGAUGGCCACUCUUCUCACUACAGUUUAGAGUUCAUCCGUGAGGCUUCACUGGAAGGCGUAAUCGUGUUUUUUUUGCCACCUCACACAACCCACAUAACACAGCCUCUGGAUGUUUCGGCAUUUCAUUCCCUGAAAACGUACUGGGAUACUGAAUGCGACAAAUUUAUGUCAGCUAACCCAUGCCGACUCAUCACGAUAUACCAAUUCUCUUUCCUUUUUUCAGCCUCUUGGUCAAAAGCAAUGACUCCUCAAACGAUAGCCGCGGGGUUCAGAGCAACAGGGGUGUUCCCUCUCAACCGCAGAACAAUCAAUAUUCCCGGAAGUAAUCCUUGCACCAACACUCCCACAGCUGUUCUAGCUCAGAGGGGGGGAAUCCAAUAUAAUUAUGCCAUUUCUUUCAAGAUCACAGAGGCGUGUCCGGUGUGAAUCAAAUGACGUAGGAAGGCCUCUUCCCCGGGAACUUACGUAUUCUCCUACUGCCGAGGAUGACUAUGAUGACCAUGUUGAGAUGGAUGAUUCAGAAUAUGCAGACUAUGAAGAGCAAGCUACGAGUAGAGCAGCAUUAGGUGAAUAUGGCAUCACAAAACAAUUGCAUUACCCCACCCAGGACCUAGUGAGAAAGAAAGCUUUUGGAGUACACCAGACAGAGAGUGCUGAGAAGGUGGAGGACAGAACAACAGACAAGUUGGAUGGACGUUCUCAGAGGACACAGACAUGCUCGCAAAUAUCUUCCAUACACUCAGUUAGAACGAUAGAGCACCAGAUAGACGGUGCAGUGAGUGACGCGGAAGAUGCAGUGCAGAACUCAAAAGACGGAGCGAGAGAGACUGGUAGGGAAAUAUUUCUCUACCCUCACUGUAUCUCACCAUUCUCUCUAGAUGUGACUGAAAUGCACCUGAGAGAUGGUGUGGACGUAGAAGGUGACACUGCAGAACAGACUGACCAUGGUAUUCAGACAAGGUCUCGCAACCGCACCAACAAUCUAUUGAGAAAGACUGUUGUGACCAGAGCACACCAAAAGAAAAGUGCAGUGGAUGUUGAGGAGGGAAACGCAGAAGGGGCCGAAAGCCAUUCUCGCAGAGCUCAGACACGAUCACAGAAGGUCCAAGCAGGAAAGAUAGCUUUGACUGGAGUACACCAGACAGAGAGUGCUGAGAAGGUGGAGGACAGAACAACAGACAAGUUAGAUGGCCGUUCUCAGAGGACACAGAUACGCUCGCAAAAAUCUUCCAUACACUCAGUUAGAACGAUAGAGCACCAGAUAGACGGUGCAGUGAGUGACGCGGAAGAUGCAGUGGACAGUCAUUUUCAGGGGGUAAAGACACGCCCACACAACAGCUCAAAAGACGGAGCGAGAGAGACUGGUAGGGAACUAUUUCUUUACUGUUAUUCCCUCACUGUAUCUCACCAUUCUCUCUGGGCGUGA